CGCGGAGUCCGAGAGGCGGCUGCGCAGUCCCGCGGAGGGAGGGCGUCGGAGGCAUCGGUCCGGCGCAGGGGCCUCAACCGGACAGACGAUCCGCGCUGCGCCGGCAGGGGGUGAAGCACAGGAGACUGGAGAGACCCCGGCCAAGGAGAACCAAGUGGCCACGGGGGCCGAGCAGACAAGGGCCCCCGCCUCGCCCCUCAAGAGGUCCUGGCUGGUGCGGCACUUCUCACUGCUGCUGCGCCGGGACCAGCAGACCCAGAAGGCCGGGCAGCUCUUCUCGGGGCUCCUGGCCCUCAACGUGGUGUUCCUGGGUGGAGCCUUCAUCUGCAGCAUGAUCUUCAACAACGUGGCCAUCACGCUGGGGGAUGUGUGGAUCCUACUGGCGGCGCUGAAGGCCCUGGCCCUCCUUUGGCUUCUCUACUACACCGCCAGGACCACCCGCCGGCCGCAAGCCGUGCUCCACCAGGACCCGCACGCAGGACCAGCUUGGGUGCGCGGCUCCCUGGUGCUCUUUGGCAGCUGCACCAUCUGCCUCAACGUCUUCCACAUGGGCUACAGCAUGAGCCACAUCCACUGUAAGUCACAGCUGGAGCUCAUCUUCCCGGCCAUCGAGAUCAUCUUCAUCGGCAUCCAGACCUGGGUGCUCUGGAAACACUCUAAGGACUGCGUUCAGAUCCAGACCAACUUCACUAGGUGUGGCCUGAUGCUGACGCUGGCCACGAAUCUGCUGCUGUGGCUUCUGGCCGUCACCAACGACUCCAUGCACCAUGAGAUCGAGACUGAGCUCAGCGCCCUCAUGGAAAAGUUCUCAGGCAACAACACCAACACCUGUCUGUGCCUCAACGUCACCACGUGUGAGGUCUUCCAGAAGGGCUACCUGAUGCUCUACCCCUUCAGCACCGAGUACUCCCUCAUCUGCUGUGGCAUGCUCUUCGUCAUGUGGAAGAACGUGGGCCGCCGCCUGGCACCCCACACAGGCUCCCACCCCAGCACCCCGCCCUUCCACCUGCACGGGGCCAUCUUAGGGCCGGUGCUGGGCCUGCUGGUCCUGGUGGCAGGCACGUGUGUCUUCGUGCUCUUUCAGAUCCAAGCAAGUGGCCCUGCCAUCGCGCGCCAGUACUUUACCACCUACUAUGCCUUCUAUGCAGCCACACUGCCCACUAUGAGCCUGGCGUGCCUGGCGGGCAUGGCCAUCCAUGGGCUGGAGGAGCGAGAGCUAGACACGCUCAAGAACCCCACCCGCAGCCUGGACGUGUUGCUGUUGAUGGGCGCAGCACUGGGCCAGAUGGGCAUCUCUUACUUCUCCAUCGUGGCCAUCGUGGCCACUCGCCCCCACGAGCUACUCAACCACCUCAUCCUGGCCUAUUCGCUGCUUCUCAUCCUGCAGCACAUAGCCCAGAACCUCUUCAUCAUCGAGGGCCUGCACCGGCGCCCACUCUGGGAGGCAGCUCGCGAGAGCCUGGCAGGGAAGUGGGAGGCUGAGCCUCCCCGCAGGGGCUCCCUGCUGGAGCUGGGCCAGGACCUACGGCAGGCCUCGCUGGCCUACAUCCACUCCUACAGCCACCUCAACUGGAAGCGGCGGGCCCUCAAGGAGAUCUCACUCUUCCUCAUCCUCUGCAAUAUCACACUGUGGAUGAUGCCUGCUUUCGGCACACACCCGGAGUUUGAGAACGGGCUGGAAAAGGAUUUCUAUGGCUACCGGACGUGGUUCACCAUCGUCAACUUCGGCCUGCCGCUUGGGGUCUUCUACCGCAUGCACUCUGUCGGGGUGCUGGUGGAGGUCUACUUGGGGGCCUGA